AUGGCCACCGGCAAGAUCCAUCGGACUGUGGCGUCCUCCAAAACGGCUCAUGGGUUCCAGAACAAAGUGAUAGCACCUCGUAAUCCGAAGCUGGUCAGGGAGGCAGAGGAGCCUGUGACCCUGACUCCCUCUGCCUUCCUGAAGGAGAUGUCUCUUACCACCGAGCAGAGGCUGGCCAGCACUCGGGAGAUGAGGCGGCCCCAGAUUAUCCAGCUUCUAGACAUGAGUGAAACCUCCCAUCAAAAGUUCUCAGCAGUUGACCUGGAACAGAGCUUGUUUCAGCCUUUCCCAUCAGAGGUGGUAUUUCAGAGAUACGUCCCCUGCGAGGUCUAUGAAGUGCCACUGAUUCUGAGGAACAAUGACAAGGUUCCUCGGCUGGUGAAGGUCGUCUUGGAGAGCUCACCUUAUUUCAAGUUGAUCAGCCCCAAUGAUGUGUGCCGUAAGGUAGCACCUGGCAUGCCUUCAACUUUCCGCAUCCUCUUCACCCCUGAGGAGAACAAGGAUUAUUUCCACCAGCUCACUUGCAUCACAGAAAGGGAAAAGUUUAUUGUGCCGAUCCGAGCUAUAGGUGCCCGUGCUAUCCUGGACUUCCCUGACCAGCUGAACUUCUCUGUCUGUCCAGUCAAGUACAGCACCCAGAAAACUCUGCUGGUUCGCAACGUUGGUAAUCGGGAGGCUCGCUACUCCAUCAGCACUCAGAGCCCUUUCUCUGCCGAUCCCACCAUUGGGACCCUUGGGAUUGGGGACGCCAUGCAAGUAACAGUGGAAUUUCACCCGCGGAAGACUGGGGAUCAUUCCGGUUCCCUGAUGGUUCACUAUGACACAGGUGAAAAUAUUCACACGAGCCUUUAUGGAGCAGCUGUAGAUGUCAACAUCAGGCUAGACAGGAACUCCUUGACAGUUGAGAAGACUUACCUCACGCUGACAAACCACAGAUCUGUGGUCAUCCACAAUCGGAGUGAAAUCAUAGCCCACUUCCAGUGGAAGGCUUUUGUUACUCAGGAAGAGGAGGAUCAGCAGAAACUGAGGCUGUGUCGCAGGCUGCAGAGGCAGGAAGAGGACGAGACAGGUUAUUUUCUCAAGCAGUGCACGGUGGACCCCACUCUCCGACACCACCUUUCCGUUCUCUCCCGCACCUUCCAGAACCAGAGAGCAAAGGUGCAAGGAGACUCCAUGCUUUUCUCUGAUGAUAUCUUCACCAUUGAGCCAGUG